AUGGCUACUCUCAUUAGUUUGUCUGUUGCGUUUCUUAUCGUGUCGGUCGCAAAUGGGUACUAUGACGACACGUGCGCGAAUAUAGAAAAAGGUCACCGCGAGGCUUUCGAAAAGCAAAUCAAGGCGCAGUAUCCGUCUCUUUAUUAUCAGUGCGAACUUGAGGGCGCAGCUCUCGAUUUUAUCCAACAUAACGAUUUCCAUCUCGUAAAAAAAGUGCACCCGUUAGUGCCAAUUGAUGCUCAUACAUCGAUUGUAAGGAUUAAAUCCGAUGACGAAUUUGAGAAUUUGGUGCUCUAUGCGUUUGAUCUUCUAGAUAAAGACUUCACAGAGCAUAGCAAGACCAAAAGCGCUGUUGGCUGCAAUUAUCAGUACAACUUGAAAACUGGAAAUGAAAUCGCUUGCGUCUUUGCGAAUCCCAAUGCAACGUUGUGA